GUUGGAUGGGUCUCUUCCAGCUCGGGGUAUUCCGUAGCCGAUUCCAUGACUUGGGGGGUUCGCCUUGCGCCGAGGUUUGUCCCUCCUCGGCCGCCCCCUUCCCAGCGUGCUUCCCCGUUGCCGUGGUGACGGCCGUCCCCGCCAAUCGCCGGCCAGCGCGGGAAAGCGGCGCGGGCGGUGGCGGCGGCCAUGAAGCGGCCGCGCGGGACGGAGCCGGGGCCGGAGCCGGAGCUGGAGCGGGGCUGCCUGCGGGCCUGGGCCGCUCACAGCCGGGCGCUGGUCGGGCGAUGGACGGCGGCGCGGUGCGGCGGAGAGGCGCGGCAGGCACGGCGGCAGCAGCGAGAUGAGUUCCGGGAACUGCUGCUGAGCAUCCGCGGGCUGCCAGCUGCCCUCCCUGCCCUGCCUCUGGAACUCACUGUCCUCUACAACUCCCUGCUUUUCACUGUGGGAGCAUCUGACUCUGCCAUCAAAGGAGAAGCAGAGGGAAUACGCCAGGGGCUCCUCAGGGUUCUGGAGGCUUGUGGGGUCUGCGGACAGGAUCUUGGCACGGAGGAGCUGUGGCAAAAGGUGCUGCAGGAGGUAACUGUGGAGGAGCUGCAGGCACCUCUGCAGCGCCUCGGGGCCCUGCAAGCAGCCUGGUGGCUGGCAGCCAGCCGGCUGGGAAGUGUUGCAGGCCUAUUCCAGCUCCUGAGCACUGCUGAGGACCAGGGAAGAGCUCACUGCAGUGAGGGGCAGAACAAACUCCUCUCUGUGAUCAAGGUGUGGCGGGUCCCUCCUGAAGGGGCCUCCUUGCCCCUUGUGCAAAGCGCCAAGGAGUUGAAGGAGAUCCUCUGCACUGCAGCAGCCUUCCUGCAAGGGCUGCAGGAGCUGGAGGCUGGGAACUUCCCCACCGCACUUUCCCUGCUUGAGGAAGCUGCAGGAGGAUUCUGCUCCAAGAAGGUCCUGGCCCAGAUCUACACCUGCCUUGGCUGCUGCGCCCAGCGAAUGGGCAAGCCUCAGACAGCCCUUCAGCACCUGAAACGGGCGCUCCAGGUAGAUUUCCAGUGCCUUCCUGCCCUGUCCCAUGUGGCAGCUGUGUACCAUGAACUGGGAGAGACCGAUGUGGAGGUGCAGGCCCUGACUCUGCUCUACGAGGCUCUGGGAAAAAACCCUUCAGCAGCUGCUUCCUCUAGUCCCUAUUUCCUAAUGCAAACAGAGAUGCUUGUCCACACACCAGUACUCACUUCUCUCCUUCGCCGUCACCACCCCUCUGAAGUGAAGUACCUUCUGGCACAGAGGUGUCUCCAGGAUGGGAGGGUGGCUGAUGCAGUGGAACAUUACCUGGAUUUUCUAUCUCUCCUUCAGGAGGGGCUGCAGCAGCAGGUCCCUCUAGAUGGUAGCUCAGUUCUGCCCAGGAUCCCAGAGGUGUUCCUGGAAGCAGCGUCUGCCUUGGAGCAGGCUGGGAGGCUCCAGGAUGCCAUAACUGUGUGUGAGGAGGUCAUCAGCCAGACGACUGACCUCGUUCCACGGGUGUUACGAGUGGAGGAGAGGCUGGAGCAGCCAGAGUGCCCAUUGCCAGGGGCAGGACUGGCGAGUAGACUCCUGUCCCAGAAGAAGGAGAGCCUGUGCUGUCUUGCCUGGAGAGCAGCUGGAUACCUGCACCAGGGCUGGGCAUGGGCCAAGCUAGGCGAGAGCAAGGAAGCUGUAACACAGUUCAGCAGGUGCCUCAGUGAUCUCCUGCGUGUCCAGCUUCACGGGUCUGGCAUCAAAUGGACAGAGAACCUCCAGGCAGAAGUGGAGGUGCUCCAGAAGAUCAGGUUGCUCUCUCUUAUUGGGCGAGGUGCACAGUUCCUGGAGCUGGGGAGGCACAAAGAAGCCCUGUUGGAUUUCCAGCACUGUUUGCAGAUCUCACCAGGUGACCCAGCUGCUGCCUCCUACCUGGUGCAAGCCUUGUGGAAGCUGAACCGAAAGCAGGAGGCGGCUGCUCAGUGGCAGAAGUUCUCCCAGGGCUCCCCUGGAGUGGAUGGGCAGCAGCAAGGGCAGGGAAGGCCCCUCCCUUUGUACCUGGUUUCAUGUCUGGAGCAGGCGAUGUUCCCUCACAGUGAACCUCUUGCCAGAAGCAUACAGGAUUACCUUGGGGCAGCAGCCCAGGACACUUCAAGCUGACCUGGUCAUGCCCCUCAUACCCAUCUGCUGAGGUCUCCCUGCACUUGGCUGGCACAAGGCCUUUAAAGACUCCUCCAAGACAGAAUUACUGUGUGAUGAAGCUGGAUUCCCAAAGGACUGAAGCAGAACAGAUGUCCUUUACUAAUA